AUGUGUGCACAGCUGGCUCUGCCCCCCUACCAGGCUUACCCCGGCGGGUCCGGCAUGGGGUGCCUGGAGUUCUGCUGGAGCUCAGCAGGGGAGGCAGGACAUGCCCCUGCUUUGGCUGGGCCAGCGGCAGCAGCCAGUGUCAGUCCGUCUCCGGAGGCAGGAGAGCACAGGCAGACAACAGAAAUUUCCCCGGCUUCUUCCAGUUCUGGGAAUUUCAGCCAGUUCAUGCCAGACUCAGCCACCAGUCCACAUUCAGCAUCCUCAUCCCCACAGCCUACUGCUAGGUCUCAGAAAGGCAGAGAAGAUGUCAUGGGGACAGUCAAGAAGGGCAAGAGCCGCACAGCCUUCUCCCAGGAGCAGCUGCAAACCCUGCACCAGCGGUUCCAGGCCCAGAAGUACCUCAGCCCCCAUCAGAUCCGGGAGCUGGCAGUGACCCUGGGGCUCACCUACCAGCAGGUGAAGACUUGGUUCCAGAACAGGAGGAUGAAGCUGAAAAGGUGCCAGAAGCAUAUCCUGUGGACCGCUCGGGCUCAGUGUCUCACGCAAAACAGCUUCCAACCAAGUACUUACCUGGAUGUGCACCCCAAAUUCCACCAGGGCUACCCGAUCAAUGCAGCUGGCAACAUCCAAACAAUGCCUUCUCCCCGCCAGCACUACGGAGCAGGGCAGAACGCUUAUACAAUUGUGACCAGCGAGGAUGGAGGAGUCUUUGGCAAAGGCGGGGGCACCUGCAGUGUCCAGCAGACAGUGGGCUUCAUUGCCCAGCACAAAGUAGACUUUUAUCACAGCUGUCCUGGCAGCGUGGAAUAUCCGGGGACAAAGACAGGUGAUGGCUAUAACUUUCACCACUCAGCCCCCAUGGGGGCAUCAUUCCCAACCACUGCUGGCUACCAUCUCUAUCAUUCCUAA